UCCACUGAACGUUUAAACCCUAGGGCACCAAAAGGGGUUUAAGCAACCAUGUCCAUGGCGGCACCGGCGUAUAUCUAAGCCUUUUUCCCUUUCUCCUUGUUUUAGUGUCGGCCUAAUUCAACAUCUUUGUCGUCCAAACCAUCUAUUGAACUGUGUUGCUUCAAUUCGAAAAUGGCGGGUUCGAGGAUAGCGUCCUUGGCGGCGGCGGGCAUGGCGGUGUCUUAUUCUGCAGCCACCAACAUCGCGUACGCGGACGGGCCUUUCCGUUUCAAUCCGUUCUCAUCAUCCGCUCCCUCGUCCGAGGCUUCUUCUGCGGGUGCUUCGGAUUCUGAUUCUCAACCCGCCGUUGAGGUUUCUACUAAACGUGGAUUUGAUCCAGAAUCGUUGGAGAGGGGCGCCAAGGCCCUCAGAGAAAUUAAUAGCUCCUCUCAUUCGAAACAGGUUUUUGAUGUGAUGAGGAAGCAAGAGCAGACUCGGCUUGCAGAGUUGGAUGCUGAGAAGGCCAACUAUGAAGCCAUUCAAGCGCACGCAGAUAUUGAAAAGCAGCAGAAGUGGGCCGAAGAUCAGAGGAAUCUAUACCAGCAGCAGGCUCAAGCUAAGGCACAAAUGUUAAGAUACGAAGAUGAACUGGCUCGUAAACGAAUGCAGACAGACCAUGAAGCUCAGAGGCGUCAUAAUGUUGAAUUGGUUCAAAUGCAAGAAGAGUCUUCGAUAAGAAAAGAACAGGCAAGGCGAGGGACUGAGGAACAAAUACAAGCGCAGCAGCGUCAGACUGAGAAAGAGAGAGCAGAAAUUGAACGUGAAACAAUAAGAGUGAAGGCUAUGGCUGAAGCUGAGGGACGGGCUCAUGAAGCAAAAUUGACAGAGGACCAUAACAGGAGGAUGCUUGUAGAGCGAAUAAAUGGUGAGCGGGAGAAAUGGCUUGCUGCGAUAAACACGACAUUCAGUCAUAUUGAAGAUGGCUUUCGGAUUCUAUUGACUGACAGGAGUAAAUUGAUGAUGACCGUUGGAGGAGCUACGGCACUUGCUGCUGGAGUUUAUACCACCAGGGAAGGUGCGAAAGUUACAUGGGGAUACAUUAACAGAAUUCUUGGCCAACCUUCUCUGAUACGAGAGUCUUCCAUAGCAAAAUUUCCGUGGUCUGGUAUAGGAUCUCGUGCAGUCAGUAAGGUGCUUAAUUAUAGCACUGCUGCUGGGGCAGCAGCAUCCACCAAAAGUAAAUCCCCUCUUGGGGAUGUUAUCCUGCAUCCCUCACUGCAGAAAAGAAUCGAGCAUCUUGCACGUGCUACAUCAAACACCAAAAGUCAUCAGGCCCCAUUUCGGAACAUGCUUUUUUAUGGCCCUCCCGGUACUGGCAAAACCAUGGUUGCCAGGGAAAUAGCCAGAAAGUCGGGUUUGGAUUAUGCAAUGAUGACAGGAGGAGACGUUGCGCCAUUGGGACCCCAAGCUGUUACAAAAAUACAUGAAAUAUUUGAUUGGUCGAAAAAAUCGAAAAAAGGCCUUCUCCUGUUUAUUGAUGAGGCGGAUGCUUUUCUAUGCGAGCGAAACAGCACCCACAUGAGUGAAGCUCAGCGAAGUGCUCUAAAUGCGCUGCUCUUCCGAACUGGAGACCAAUCUAGAGACAUCGUACUCGUUCUUGCUACAAACCGGCCUGGCGAUCUCGACAGUGCUGUAACUGACCGUAUUGAUGAAGUUAUCGAAUUCCCACUCCCCCCGGAAGGCGAGCGCUUUAAGCUGCUGAAACUCUACUUGUCAAAAUACCUCUGUGGCGAAGGGGGCAGUGAUGGCGAUACAAAAUGGUCCAAUCUGUUCAAGAACAAGCCACAGAAAAUAACCAUAAAAGACUUGUCCGACGAUGUCAUCCAGGAAGCUGCGCGCAAGACUGAAGGAUUCUCCGGGCGUGAAAUUGCGAAACUGAUGGCGAGCGUUCAAGCAGCCGUGUAUGGACGCCCGGACUGCACUUUAGACGCCAAUCUAUUCUUGGAGAUUGUCGACUACAAAGUUGCCGAGCAUCAGCAGCGGAUUAAGCUUGCGGAAGAGGCCUGAUCUCGAUCUCCCAGCACGGGUAAAUUCCGGCUUUAAUGGUACAACAAAGCAGCCUUUACUUUGCUGUUCUUGCCUGAUUGAUCUGAAUUUCGAGAUUGCAUAAUUUUGGUCAUUAAUUAAAUCCUUUUUUUAAAAAAUUUAACUAACAUGGUUUCGUUUUCGCUGUUAAUUAAGUUGAGUCUGAGUUUUGGUUCUUCAACUAUGUGAAUGUGAAUCAGUUUGAGCUGAUCCUUUGGGACUGGAAUGUUGUUAAUCAAAUUAUGUAAACUAUUUAAUUUAAUAAAUAACAAUAUAUAUUUAAAAUUUAA